AAACAAUACUAUUCAAAGGAAGAUUUUUGUUCUUUUUUUCAUACAUUAAAUAAAGAAAUAAUGGAUGAUUCUAAGUUGUCAAAGUUGCAGACAAAUGUUAGAAUUGGAGGAAAAGGAACUCCUCGUCGUAAAAAAAAGGUCGUACAUAGAACACAAUGUGAUGAUAAGAAAUUGCAGUCAAGUUUAAAGAAAUUAAAUGCUCAGUCUGUUGGAGGUGUUUCUGAGGCUAAUAUUUUUAAAGCGGGAGGAUCUGUAACUCAUUUUUCAGCACCAAAAGUUUUGGCUUGUAUUACUUCAAAUAUGUUUGUAAUUUCUGGUUUCUCUGAAGAAAAAGAGCUAACUGAUCUUGUUCCUGGUAUUUUAAAUCAGUUGGGUCGCGAUUCUUUAGCAUCUCUUAGAAAAUUAACUGGAAAUUAUACCAAUUUACAAAAAACUAAAGAAAACGAUCCUAAUGGGGAUGAUGAUUAUAUCCCUGAUCUUGUAGAAGUAUUUGAUGCACAGGAUUAAUUUAAUUAAUCUUAAAUUUUCAAUUUUAAUAAAUCUUUUUAUUUUU